AUGGGGUCCAGAUGGCCUCGCAACCCCAACCCCCGCCUUCGCACCUCUACGGCAGAGUGUGCAACCUGCAGGUGUCGAGGUCGCCGAAGACGUAGCCAAUGGUUCCUCCGCGUCCCGUCUGAGAGCCCGACCGCCACCAUGGUGAAGUACGAGGAGGAAACGUACAGCUUUCGCCUUUCACAGAUAGAUGACUCUAUCUACUCUGACACGGGCACCGUGUCCUCUACCUACAAGCAGCGCAUCGACUCCCUGUUCCGUGACAAGCGUCGGCAGCCCAAGGCGAUCCCCGUCAGCGCCCCCGCCAACCCCGUGCAGGAGGAACUGGAGCGCAUGUUCGGUGGGCGCGACCAGCGCCAGCGGGCAUUCAUGGAUGUGCGUGCCACCGUGCAAGCACAGAUCGAGAGGCUCUUCGCCGACGCCACGAGCGAGCCGAGCGGCGUGAGCACGAGCGGCCGUGCCAUGGCCCCCCGCACCCCCCCUGCCCCCCGCGCCCCCGAGCCCCCGCCUCCCCCGCCGCCGCUCGCGUUCCAGGCCGCCCCACCGCGGCGCCCCCUGCCCGCCGCCCCCUCCCCGGCCCCCAGCCUCCCCGCUGACGAGCGCGACGGCCGCGCGCGGAGCGGCGGCGUCAGUCCAGUGGAAUCACGCGGCGUGGCGGCACCGCGGCCUCUGCUUUCCGCUAUGAAGUACCGCGUGGAUUACCUGGGAGCUCUCCAGCUUUCGGAAAAAGCCACGAGCCUGGAUGUGCUCCAAAUACCACUUAAGGAUUUGUAUUAUAAGUACAGACAGAGUAUUUCUCGUGGAAAACUUCCUGUGCCUGGAACUCUGCAGAUAACCGAAGGUGGGUUGAAGGUAACUCACGGAAAUCCGGACGCGUCAGACAACUAUUUUGAGUUUACGAAUCCAUUCCCAACCAUCGCCGUCUGGGCCGCGGUCAAGCUCGUCAUACGCAAGGAACUGAUCGACCAUGGCCAGGUGGGCUACACGUACGCAUUCCUUCCCCUCAUCUGCGAUCCCGAGGCCCAAGACAAAUACAAUCUGUAUCACCCACUCAAUGUGUCCGACCCGUCCGUCAUGGCCGUGGCACACCAGCAUCCGCCCAUGUUUGCUUGUGUCAUGAGAAAAGCCGGCGUCCCGAAGGUGCUCGAGUGCCAUGGCUUUGUGUGCGAGUCUGCCGAGGACGCGAUCGUGAUUGCGGCGAACCUCUACCAGGCGUUACUGGAGAACAUGCGCAGCGAGGCGCCCAGCGAGGCCUCCAGCGAUCCUCGGGACGAUGACAGGCACGUCAUGAGUGACAGCGAGAUGGUGCCCGUACGACCCCCUAGGAAGAAGCGCACGCACAGAAGUGACUCGCCAGGCUUUGGCAGUGGCCUUCGUCGGGCAAACAGUGAAGACAUUCUGCAGACGCACAUCGUCCUCGACGAAACGCGUGCCAGCAGGCGCCUCAAGCGCUCCGUCAGUGACCGACAGCCAGGUGGGUUCUUGAUUGAUCCGGGUGAUGUGUACACGAGGGUUGCCUUACCGCGUUCGAAAUCUUUCAUGAACGUCACAAACAAAUAUAACUUCCAGGACCUUCUGGAUGACGUCAAACAAAAGACAGGAUUGAACAGCGUAGACGAAGUGCUCAAACAAGUCAUUAAUCCGAAGGGCAUGUCCUUCAGCGAGAUGGACCCUGACCACCGAGAGAUCCUUCUCAAACUUGCCUUAACGCUGUCCAAGGACGAGAUUUACCAGCGGUCCAAGAACAUCAUGAAGAAGCAGAGAGGUCGUAGCACGUCCCUCAUGAGCCUCAUGGACUCGGACAGCGACGGCUCCACAAUAUCCUCCGUCCUGAAGGCCACGAAGCGGUCCUUCUCUCGCCUUGGCUCGCGCGCCUCCAGCCUCCAGUCUUCUUAUCUGAAGGACAAAUCGCCGCUUCGGAAGUUAGUCAACAACAAGAGCCGAUACUCCUUCGAGAGGAGCGGGCGAGACAUAGGCUCUGCGAAGCGCCCCGAGAACAAGGAGAACGAACUCACGCAUCUGCUGGAGGGAGGAGCCAGGAAGGUAGCGCCGAAGACCCCGAUGCCAAAGCGCAACCCGUCGCGCCAGAACGAGGGAUACGUCUCGUGCAGUGAGUGUGGGUAUGAUAGCGAGUGCUCCAGCAAGUGCUACUGCUCCUUGCCUCGGCGCCCUCCGUCCGCGAAGCCCGCCGGGGACCACAUCCACAAGGGCCACGACUCGCCUUGUGAUUGUGAUACAGAGAGUUGUGCUGAGAGUGAAAAGUGUUACUGUUCCUUGAAACGCGUGAAAAAGAAUGGCCUGAAGAUGUAUGAGAUUAAUCUCGACUCGGAAACAGAUACUAACACGGACGCGACGGGACACACCGCCGCCUCCUACAAGAAGGGUUUCGGCUCGCACUCCAACCUAAGCGAGCUGGAGUCACACGCGACGUCGUGGAAGCGCAACACGGGAGGAUCCUCCAGCAGCGCCACGAGGCAUAAAAGCUCGUCCUCGUACCUGACGGAGCACAGCAAGAGCCGCUCUGCAGGGACCGUCUUCUCUAUGCACCCAGAAGUCAUGAGGAAGAAGAGCAUAUCCUCCAAUCUGUCUUCGGACUCUGAAAUGUCGGUCGUGCAUCGGUCGUCGGGCGGCUCCGGAUACCACAGCCAGAAUAGCGGCGACCGCCGUCUCCCGCUCCAACAGAGGACCCAGAGCACGGAGUCGCUGCUCAUAACGCCUCGCCUGCGCCGCCACCCGUCCGGCUCCCUGGGCUCUGGGGGGUCCCGCGGCUCGGGCGGGUCGUCUCAGGGCAGUGGCAGUGCCGCCGGGUCACAGCGCUCGCGCGGCUCUGCAAGCUCGCAGCAGAAGAUCCUGUUGGUGUCAGCCGUGGAUCCCUCUGGGAAGGUGGUGUAUCGCGGGGCGUCGCAGCGGCAGCAGCGCGAGGGGAGCGACACGGCCUCAAUCCUCUCCAUGAAGAAGACGGCCGAGAUCGCCGCCCUGUUCUCCGAGCUCAAGCUGAACCAAACCACCGAUCUCAUCGACCAUCUGAACCAGUCGGCGUCGGAGUCCGAGGACGACGCCUACUCUUCCAUGCAAGCCAACAACUCCUUCCUCUUUUCCGACAACAUUGAAAACUCUCUCGGAUACCUGCCGUGAGCA